AUGGGUGAGUGGGUUGAGAGGGUGUGGAGGUGGAGAUUUGAAUGGAGAAGAAAACUAUUUCUGUGGGAGAAUCAACUUCUUGAAAGGAUGAAACAAGCCUUGCUGUCUACCCAACCUAGACCUGGUACGCGUGAUCGGUGGAUUUGGGAGGCUGAUAUGGAGGGAGUGUUCUCAGUAAAAUCUGCCUAUGAAGCUCAAGGUAGCUAUGGUCCAUUGGAAAAUAUGGAGGUUUUCAAGAGGAUUUGGUCCAUUGCUGCUCCGUCAAACGUCAUAUCCUUUACUUGGCGAGUUUUAUUGGGAAGGAUCCAAACCAAGGAUAACUUGCUGAAGAUGAAUAUUAUAGCUGAAGGAUUCGGUUGUAUUUGUGUUUUGUGUGAGGAGCACCUAGAAAGCAUUGGGCAUCUCUUCUUCUCGUGUAAGUUCACUUGGGGCAUUUGGAUGAAUUGCUACCGUUGGCUUGGAGUGUGUUCCGUGUUUCAGGAAGAAAGUCAUGCACAUUUUUUACAACAUGGGCAAAUGCUAACAAAGAGUUUUAAUGAAGGUUGGUGGUCUGUUUGGGAUGCAACUGUAUGGUCCAUUUGGCUACAUCGAAAUGAAGUGAAUUUCAACGGUGGGCAGAGGGAUGCAGCAAAGGUAUUGGACUUAAUCAAAUUUAGAGUGUGGAAGUGGAUGAAAUGUAAGAAGAAAAAUUUCCCUUAUUCUUCCUGUGACUGGACACUGAAUCCGCUGAACUGCUUGGGUGUGGGGGUGGGGGCAAUUUGGAAUUAA